AUGACAGCAGCUGUCAUGCAGCAGCGCGAAGAUGACACGCACACAUCGAUGAAGCGGGAAGGGCCGACGGGACCGAGAGCGCAAAUCUUCCGGGAAGUUCCGGGUGCUGGAAAUUUCGACCGGUGGGAGAAUUCCGGCUGGAUUCUGCUGUGUUGCGGCAGGGCGUUUUUGACCAGGGCCGGCAAUUGUUGCUCGACGUGGUGGUUUGGUUGUGAUCUUGCGGAGCUACGGAGGACCGGUUCGGGAAAUUUCGAGCCUCGUUUGGAUUUUGAGGUUAGGUGUCCAUUCCACUUGUGGAGUACUAGCAAAAGCUGGCAAGGGCCGGGCACGUGGUCGAUACUCGUUCAACACGGUUCCCAGUGGAGCGAGGACAAGAAAACGCGAUGGCGCCUAGUAGCACGAAUCGUCGUGUUGUGGAUUCGAAGAAGAUCGGUGUCGACUGGAAGCGCGGUGUGGCUAGCGCAUCGCGAUCAGCUUAAACCACAUUACCAGCAACAAGACGAACGGCCGAACCUGAUGACGCCGUUCGAGAAGUCUGCGCCGGACGCGGCAGUGGUGGAUUUGGACGUUGAGAUGCUGAAUUUAGACGAAGAUAUGGUGGGGGCCGGAUACGGCGGAAGCGGCUUGUUCCGGGGUUUCCCGGAAGCUGCAACGACACAAUCCAAAAGCCGGAAGCGAGACGCAUCCGCGGCAGAAUUGCCGGCGGUCUGUCUUCGGCGCUCGAAGAGAAUCAGGAAGCCUGUUUCAAAUAGUGAAUUUAUGUAUAGAUAAUAAUUUGACGAUUUCUGAACACUUAGUUCUUUUUCAUCAUUUAGAUAAUUUGGAUUAUUUUCUGUGUAAAUAACUACAUUACGUUUGUAAUUUCUUGAAUGAAUUUUCUUAUCUUAAAACUAUGUAUUUUCUCUAAAGGGGGAAGAACUGAUAGGUAUCGCCCUAUCAUUAAAAUGUCAUUUGACGUUCUCUUUAUUUGUAACGGUAUUAGUGAAAUGAAUACUAUGAAGGAUGAAUAAAAGAGCUCGCACCUCUGGCUGCGGCCUUCUUUACGUGCUGAGCAUCGAGACAAACAA